AUGCAGAGCCCAAUGGUGCUACUACUGCGGGAAGAAGUGGAAAACAUGCGACUCAUGAGUGAUGUCAACAUGGGUACAGCUAUGUCAAUGGGACUAGAGACAGAAAAUGACUUGUCUAAGUACGAGAAAAAAAGAUCUUCCAAAUCCCUCCCUACCGCCAUCCAGCAACUUGGUGACUCACUUGAGAAUGCCAUCAACUUGAUUGACUCCCCUAAAUCCGAGAUUUGGCGCGAGUGUGUCUCCUGUCGGGACGAUCAACUCCAAAGUGAAAUGCUCAAAACGAAGUGCUCACACUUCUAUUGCAAGGUUUGCUUGGUCCGUCUGUUCACGGAUUCUUUGCGUGAUGAAUCCUUGUUUCCUCCACAAUGCUGCCACAGAUCAAUUACGGCCUCAGAGAAGAUGAUCGGAUCCACAUUGGUUCAAAAGCACAAGGAGAAAGCGAUCGAGCUCGGAGAUCCCGAUAGGACAUAUUGCAGUGAUUCGAAGUGCGCUCAAUAUCUCCCAAGAAACGCCACACGAAAUGGGGUUUGCAAAUGCACGAGCUGUGGAGCACGCACAUGCAGGAAGUGUAAAAAGCGCGCCCACGAGGGAAAAUGUGUAUAUAAGCUUGAUGCGCUUCUGGAGGAUUUGGCGAAGUGCAAUAAAUGGCAACGUUGCUCUAAUUGCAGUCGUCUGAUUGAGCUCAGCACAGGCUGUAAUCACAUCACCGAUGAAGACUUACUUGAUGAAAGCUCGAAUGAUGAUGCCGGUGAAACCAACGAAGAAACCGAAACUCGACACGAGUGUGUAUCUUGUACGCAAGAAUAUCCACUGUCCGAUAUUAUUCAAACUAAAUGUUCUCACAUUUAUUGUCGAGAAUGUAUUGUGCAACUUUUUGAAAAUGCCCUUGCGAAAGAAGCCUCGUUCCCUCCUCGAUGUUGCCGCACGCCGAUUUGCGCCUCUACCGCCGUUGAGGAUAUGUUAGGCAUUGAGGCGAUGAAGAGAUACAAGGAACGGAAGAUCGAAGUCAGCGACUCUGAUAGAACUUACUGUUCAAAUCAAAACUGCUCUCGCUAUAUCCUGCCACAAAACAUCCGUCGUGGGGUGGGAAUCUGUCUGGUUUGCACUUCUCGAACUUGCACCGUUUGCAAAAAGCAGGGACACCGAGGUAAUUGCAACUUUGUAAAGGAAAAUAACUAUAGUGAGGAUCACUGCGAUGAUUUGUUGGAAAAACUAGCAAAGAAGAAGAAGUGGCAACGAUGCUCAAAUUGCUCUAGAAUCAUAGAGCGUGUGUCUGGCUGCUCGCACAUACGGUAG